AUGGUGCGGCUGACGGCAGACCUAAUCUUGAAGAGCCCGCACUUUUUCAACGCCCUACGCGAGCGGGAGCUUGAUCUCCGGGGUAAACAGCGCCUUUCAUCAGACCACCCCACUUGGGUCGAUUUUUCGUUGUCUCCUAUUCUCUCUAAAAAUAGACACUAGGAAGGGUUCCCGGAUCCUUAAAUCUAGCAGGUCCAGAACUUACGCUUGGAUUCUUUCCUUGUGAUCCGCAUUCUCUACACUCCUCUCUUUAUAGCUUUAGGCGACAAAUGCUAAUGCAUUUAUCAUUUUUUUUCCUAUUUUAUGAUUUUCCUCGAAAUUUUCAGGUAAUAAGAUUGCAGUGAUAGAGAACCUGGGCGCCACAGAGGUGUGUCUUUCUCCCCCAAGAUUUCAUGUGGAUCUGGCUAAUGCGCAUUGAACUGAUAUCGUUUACGCCCUAUAGACUUUCCAUCAUAUGCAUUAUUUCAACGUUCCAUUUGCGUAUGACCGUGCUGAUGGAGUGAACUGCCCUAGAGAGUAGAGGGAAAAUGGUGAGAACAAAGAAAUUGAUGGGGGUGGAACCGUUGAAGAUGUUUGGCUCGGGUAGGUGGGUCUUUUAACUAGUUUGUUGGCUUGUGGUACCAUCUGUUCGGUGCAUAAUUCGAUUAUGUUUGCCUUUUGUUAUCUGGGACCGGAUCAACAACUCCGUUAUUAGCGAUGGAAACUCAACUAAGAUAGACUAUCCUUAUUAUUAAUUUUUUACAUAUCCACAAGCAGGAAAUAUCAAUAAUUCUCACCAGAUCCUUCCCUUAUUCUGUUGCCAGGGCGUAAAUGGAUUUCCCAUUUGCAUGAUGAUAAAAGUGCAUAACGAAUACAUUCACUGAGUCUAGAAAGAAGUAGAUUCUGGUUAAGGCCAUUUCUAGAAGAAUCCUUUCUAAUAACACUGAUCCGAAUUGACUUUUCUGUAUGUGUAGAGGAGUUUUUUUUAUCGAUCGCUUUUGUCAACCCCUGGCUUCAUUGUGUGAUCGAAACAUGGCUGGUUAAUGUAAAGACUAGCCCUAAAAUGAUUAGUUAGGCUAGAGACCUAGUUGUAGCAUUUUGGCUGGUAAUAAGUUUGACACUUGUAUGGAACAGAGGCAUUUUUGCGGACCCAAAAAAAUAAAUCGUGAAUUUCGAUGAGACUCAUAGAUGUCUCAAGAUACACUAAUCCUCAAUAUGAUGUAUGCAUAAACUUUCCCAUUGGCCAAUGGUCUCAUAUAUGUUGAAUCACAGCAAUUAGUCAAGUCUGGCAGUGUUUUCAUUGGUGCUGUUGCAUCAAAUGGCAAAACUAGACGCAACUUUCUUAUUUUUCGAAAGGUAAUUCUUAAGAAACUUUCUUGAUCGAUGUUUUUGAAAAAAAGCCUGUUCUGAAUUCAUGGAAUAGACUUCCUUCGAUACAUACUAGAAAGCGAAUCAUUUGAGCCAGUUGCAGUCAAUAACAUUUCCCUUCGCCUUGGUUUGACCCGUUUCUAUCCAUCUGUCAGUUGUGCACUCAUCUCUAUAUUAGUGCUUCUUUUAGAGUCAAAUUAUUAUGCUAAAGUGAAUGUUCAACGGAAUUGUCUAGUAGAUGGGAACUAUUAUGCUUCCCGAUGGUCAUAUAUGAAACUAUGACCAUGGAUGAAACUCCUCUUCCUGUGUCACAGACAGUGGCGGGAAGUUGUGUCAUCCAUUUUUUCUCUGAAGAUUCUUCAAAUAUAACAGUAUAAGAUUGAAGACUUGUGGGCAUCUUGAAUCGAAUUUCGAUAAACAGUAAUCAUUCAAACACGAACAUGGCUUUAGUGAUUUGGUGGACAUAAUCAGAUGACUGUGUUCCCGACAUUGGACAUUCUACAUGUUUACAGUGGUUUUAUUACUUUGAAAACUAACCUGUUAAGCAAACAAGCCUUUGAAAACAACUAUGAUUUGGUCUCUGAGAUUUCUCAUUAUUUUUGGUUAUCAAGUCUUCUAGCCACAGAAGAAAUGCAGGCUGGUUUGAUUGAUGUCUGAGACUUCAGCAUUAUCAGCUCGGAUUAUAAGUGAUUGAAUAUUGGUGUAGGUACCGGAGGAUUUUUCUAGGUGAUCCAGAAGGAUGUUGUAGACUUCGUUUCUUCUUUUCAGAUGUUGAUUGUUCUUGAACGGCAUUCUCUCAGAUUACCCAAGUUUGGUUAAUGGAACCUGAAGGCUAGAAAUAUUUAGCAUUCCUAGGCGUUUCUUUGGGGAUUGACACUUUUUUUUUGGCCACCGAACAGGCUUCUAGGUUCUAGGAAGAUCAACCUCUAGCACUGUGGAGAGAAAAAAGUUGUUUUAUUGUAAAUCGUUUUUAUAUCAUAAACGAAACUUAUAAUUCUACUCUGUAAUGCCACUUGACCAAAUAGCUAAGAAAGUUGCGGGAAGAUCUAUCUCUAAUUCUUAGAAACAACAAUGCUAGUGCACUCAGUACUGUUUUCGUUUUGAUUGUAAAUGGAUGACAAACACUUCCACCUGGGCUGUGAAUUAUGUUUUCCUUCACCACCUGCUAUUAUAGUAUAUCUGGGCAAUCCUAUUUUUGGCAUUGAAUAUCUGAGAGGAAACGUGGACUGAACUGAAUUUCAUCAUCUUUCCUCGAUUUCAAAGAAAGGCUACCCUGUGCUGAUUAAUUUUCCCGAAUAUUUUGGGACCCGAAUGUAUGUAUUACUAAAUAAACCUUGCAGGUAACUUUCGCCUGCUCACUGAUUCCAUUCUAAAUUGUACACUUUCAUCUUUGAUGGUUGAGUCCCAAUGCCUCAGUAGAUCCCCAGAUGCUUGAAGGAAGGGUGGAAUAUUAUCUAUGGCUGUUGCGCACCUUUAUGGCAGACGUCUAUAAAUAGAAGCUUCAUGUCAUAAAAAAUAGGAGUUCAAAAUUUGAGAGGGGAUGAGAUGUGACUUGUGUUGAACUCUCUAGGAUUGUUUUUCCUUUCUAUCUAUUUCUUUUCACUGUAUUUCGUCCUUCCCUGUCAUUCCCUAUGUUAAGUGGAUCCAUUAGACUGUUAACGGAUCCACUUAAAGACUAAUGUAAUGGGCGUGGCCCAUUAACUCAUGUAACCUGUACUUAAGCGGGAAACCACGAUAAUUGAUGUAAGAUUUUGGGAUUGCGGAAAUUCUGCUCCAAGAAGUGGUGACUGAUUCAUCUUCCUGGAAGAGGAGGAUCGUGAAGAUCGAAUCCUUUCAUUCUCCAAGUUGCAAGAAUCUCAAUCAAGAUCAAUUCUCAACAACUUGUAUUUAAGUUAGACUCGUUAUUCAGCAGCGAUUUGGUGGCAAUGGUGGAGGAAAUAUAUUUUCAAACAGUUUUCGAAAUGUAGAAAAUAAUUGGUGAUAAUUGACGAGUGUCCAACAUUUCAGAUUUCUUCUUGGGGAGAUUUCUCUGGUUCACCAGAAAGAAAAGAUCAUGCGAUCGAUGUUUACGUGAAAUGUCAUGGUUGGACUUUGAUUUCCUUUUUCAGGGAGAAAUUGAAAGCCCUUAUAUGGAACACUUAAUUUUUCUGACUUGGUAACCUUCGAUAUAAUGUUUAUAUAUGUUUGAGAUGGUACUCCUUCUUAAAGCUUUUUUUUUCUUCACUGCGUGGAACUUCUUGCAUAACCAAGGUAUCCAGCCUUUUCUUCUGUAUGCAUUUACGAUUUUCGGUAUCUUUCAAAAGAAAGCUAUAAUGAAACGGUCAUUGUUGCUGAAUAUUUAUACAUCUGAUCUUCCAGGAGCAUGUUUGAAGAUUCUUCACUGCUGUGUUAUUGUCUGCCAUGAGAUGUUGAAGUUGAAUAUAAUAAUAGAAGAUUGUUUAUGAGACAAACUAUUUUAGAGCAAGAAAUGCCUCUUGAAAUCAUUAUUUUUAUUUCUCUUAGCUUUUGUCUUUAAUGAUAAUUAUGUUGCUAUUCAGUAUUCAUUGUCUAUUAUUUAUUCUUUCUGAUGCUUUUGAUUGCUUAUUCCUAUGUCAGGAUCAAUUUGAUACCAUCGAUUUGACUGAUAAUGAGAUUGUUAAGUUGGAGAAUUUUCCUCACAUGAGCCGUCUUGGUACAUUGUUGAUGAAUAACAAUAGAGUUACACGCAUCAAUGCCAAUAUUGGAGGUGAGAGCAUCUAGAUACUGAGGUGCGCCAUUUAUCUGAGUUUCCUUGUUUGUCACUGAUUUCUGCAAUUUUUUGCUCCUGUGUAUUUGCAGAAUUCUUGCCAAAGUUGCAUACCUUAAUUCUCACGAACAAUCGCCUUGUAAACUUGGUCGAGAUUGAUCCACUUGCCUCCCUUCCAAAAUUGCAGACACUAAGCUUGUUAGACAAUAACAUCACAAAAAAGCCAAAUUAUCGGUUAUAUGUGAUUCACAAAUUGAAAAAGCUACGGUUGCUAGACUUCAGGAAGGUGAAACUCAAGGUUAGUUGAUUGUAAGCUGUUAAUCAUAUGUCCUAUGGCUAAUUUCUGUUGGAAUUAACAAGGUGGAUUAUCCAUCCAUGCCAAUCUUUAAUUGAUGAUCUUGGACUAACUUAUUUUUUAUGUUUUUUAGAAGCACCUUGAUAUAGUAUGUUUUGCUAUUAUUUGUUUUGCAUAAGACGCAUAUUCUUUCAAUGUGUUUCGAGUUUAGAAAGAAUUAUAUUUUAUUUCAUGGUUGUGACCUUCAUGGUGAUUAUGAUAUAUUUAGGUAUAAAUUGAUAUUCUCUUCGGAUCUGCAAAUAGCUUUCAUAAUAUUAAUACUGCGUUUGUAGCUAAUCCUUUUAGACUAUGGGCUGGCAACAUGGAAAGGAAAUUCUUUGCUCCCAAAAUUUCAGUUGCCAUGAGACCUGUGUGACUUGUGUACACAUAUACUUGACGAAUAUGUGGAAUAUGAAAAUUGAUAAACUCAGGUGCAUGCGUGUGUGGUGUUGGCUGGAGAAAAUGGGAACCAUUGUAAGAGGUGGUGGUAUAAAUGAUGGAGAACGGUAUCAAUUUUGCUUGAUGUGGUGGACAUGCUAUAAUCUGGCUGCAGAGAUCAAUGAUGGCAGUUGUUCGUUGUGUUGUUUGAUGUGCAGCCGAAGCAGCUUGUCGUUGAAAGCUUGUUUCAUUUUACUGUCUUAAUGGGGGAAAGAUGGGGGAAAGAGAAUCUGGGUAAUUUUUGAGGUUUAGGGAUUUUGUGUAUAUGUUUUUUACCUUCUAUUGCAAAACAGGGUUUGUUUUUCCGGUCAAUCUUGCUGCUUUUUCUUUCAAGAUUAUGGCAGUCUUUAGGUGGUAUGUGAAGAGUGGAGGGUUCUUAGAUUGUGGCUUCAGAUAGUUGUGAGGAUUUGCUGAUACAUUAGUGAUAUUGUGAGGGUCAUUUCUUCGAUGCAUCUUUUCCUGAGCGGUUCUUGAUUGACAAUGCAUAGUAAAUGGGGAAUAUUAUCUUAUAUGGUUCUAUUGUAUUGUGAGGUUUAUUCAUCACUGAGUUUAUAUCCUAUUUCUUUCGACUUCUGGUUCCUUUGCAUGUCUAUUAAGCUUGCAUAUGUACUUAUUUGCUAACGUGUCUUUUGUUUUUUAUCCCUGAAAAAUAGUUCAUUGAUUGACAUCUCCCUCUUAACUUCGUUAUUGCCUAUGACGACCUCAAAACUAUUUAACCCCUUGUAGAGUUCUGUCAGUGGGGCAAAUAUGCUUGGAAUAUUCAUGGAAAGAUUGGAAAAAAAUCUUAGUGAGAAGAUAGAAUAACUUAGUGCCAUGAUUGUCAUAUAUCCAGUUUAUUCAAAUGACUAUCAAUAUUGGAAAAAACUAAAAUUCCAGGUUUGCUCCAUUUACGUAAGCAUUUGCCCUUCAUUCAAUUUUAUUGCAUGGUUUUCUAAAUUUUACAUUCUCAUUGCUAUGUUAUAGGAUUAACAUUCAAGAGUUAACUUCAUUAUAUAUUACUUUGGUGCUACCUUGGUAGACAUUCUCAGGACAUAGAUCCUUUCUGUAGAUUAUUGCUACAAUUUUGACUCAGGAACAUAGAUUCCCAAAACAAAAUCAACAGUCUGGGUACUGUUGAACCUCAUGAUUUGUUACUUGUCACUUGAUAAUAUCAAAUAAAAUCAGCAAUUUAAUGUUUUGACAUUGGUAAUCAUUAUGAAGAAUAGCAAAACUUUCUGCACAAAGUUCAUCUCAUUUGAGAGUCAACCAAGUUCAGUUGCAGUCCCUCUAGUUAUACUUUUUCCUCAACCGUGCAUUUAGAACAAAAAAUGGGUUUAAAAGGUACUGUAGCAACAUAUGACAAUGUAGAACAGCACUAGAAGAUAUCGGAGUUAACUGUAACUGUAGUAGAUUCUUCAGUACGCCUCCUAUUGUCUGCAGAAUGAGUAGAUACGGGAGCAGUUUUGUUUGCAUUGUCGACUUGAUAAUAUUGAUCACGUUUUACACAAUGCUAUAGGUCUUCUUCCCUCUUAUAUUCUCAUGUUUGCGUCUAGUAUUGUUCCUCUUCAAGUUUUCUUUCAGAAGGACCUUGACAUCCUAAAACUUCUUGUCAACAACUGGAGAUGCCUUCAAUGCAUAUGCCUAUCUAUAUUUAGCGAUGGAGUGGUAAUCAUGAACAUAGUUCAGAAUUCCCAUGGACUUUAAAACAUGUAACGAAUAUUGCUCUUUGGUCGGUGGAUAAACUUUGCUUUUUGCCAUUUUUCACAGGUGCAAAGCUCGUCAUGUAAUGUCAUUUGAUCUCCUAAAAUGUACUCCCCCCAGCUCGUUGUAUGUGUGUCAGUGCUUGGGGGACAAGCUUGCCUCUUCGUAUCAAUGAUGUUUUUAAGUAAAACUUGACUAGCACGAGGCAUCAAUUUGAACUAGGGGGAAGAGAGGAGGAUAGAUAGAGGGAUGAAGGUUAAGUGACAAAGGAGAUGGUAUUUGCCGAAUUCUGAUUUAACUAGGGUUUGUAGCUGAGAGUGUUGAUGGUAUGGGUGAGUGAGAGAGAGUGGGUAUGAGCUGGGAGUCCUUGUUGUCAGAUUGGGAACCAAAGGUUGAUUAAACCAAACUUAACCGGGUUGUAGUUAAUGGAGUGCAACCCGAGUACAAUUAUAGGAUUGGUUGUUUUGUAGAUAACAACACAGCAUGGAGGGAUUCAUUGAUCAAUCGGCUAUUUUAUUAGGGUCAACAACCAAACCAAUCUUUUAACCAUAGCACGAUACUUUUCCUGACUGUAGAUUUCCAUAUUCUUAGCCAUUUGGCAUACCCUCCUUUAAUCUUUGAGUUAGAAACAUAGUCUGAUGAUUUAUGGCGUGCUGAGAAAAUAAAUGUAAUAAAUUGGGAGUCUAAGAUGGGAAUCACCAUGACCAUUUAGUGCAUCUCAGAGUACAUCAACUAGUGAAAAAGGGAGGAAUUCUGUUAAGACGAAAGAUGCAGCACUGUACAAUUUAUUUGAUGGAUGUUUUCACUCGAUUAAUAUUCCUUUCCUUCUUUGUUUUGAAGACAUGCCAAGAUCUCGAACAUUGUUGUAAAGUUAAAACUAAUAGUAUGGAAAAAAAAGGCGCUUGAGUAAUUCAGAUGGAAAUUUCGUCAAGUUGAUGUCAUGGCCUUGAAUCAGAAUCGUCGUAAUUAACAACGAUCUAUCUGCACAACUUCUUUUCUUCUGUACUGAAACUGAUGUGCCGUGUGAAAAGAGGGACCAUCAUUAGAAGAUUAUGCAGAGUUUCAUUGCGAGACAGUCAUGGUCAUGCCUUGAGGAAUAUAUGACUAGUAGUUAUACCUUUUCACGCAAAGGAAAUAAGGGAAAGUUCAUUCUCCAUUCCAGUUUGCCACUGUUGUAUACGAGAGCAUAAUGGUUGAGAUAUAUCCGUUUACAUGUUUAUACUUGUUAUUAGAGUCAACAAAUUUUCAAAAGGGCCAUUCAUUUAGUCAUCUAAGGUUGCAGAACAAAAAGGUCAUCUGUUUGUAUUUUAUGUUCUCGAAUUUCAUAUGUUGACUUUCCAAUUUUUGGACUAUAUUGCUGUCAUCGAGACAACCCAUGGGUUUCCGAGUUGUUAUUUGUAACAUUGUUCUCUGUUGAUAGGAGAGAACUCAAGCAGAAGAAUUGUUUGCCUCAACAGAGGCAGUAGAAGAGGUUAAAAGGCAAUCAGUGAAGACAUUUACUAUAGUAGAGCAGACCAAAUCACCAGAGAUGCCAAAGGAAGAACAAGCACCAAAAGUCAUUGCCCCUACACCAGAGCAAAUUACAGCCAUUAAGGUAUCAUACAGAAGCAUUAAAUUGACAUCUGUUUGAUACUUGGGUUCAUGUAAAGCACUCCUGUUUUACAUUUGUACCUUCAUUUUUCAUCAAAUUUUGCCGUCCUCCAUUCCGGCCAGAUCCUUUCAGGUGGCUUCAGCAUGUGCUUAUUCUUUCUCAGUCAAUUGACCCAGUUGUAAAGAGGCAGUUAGAUUACUAAUAUGGAGAUAUGAACGUCUCUAAGAGGUUGCUCGUGUUAAAAGAUUGUUAUAAAGUACUGUCCUAUUGGAUGCAAGAGAUUCAAGGUUUCCCUGACCACUCCAGAUAUAGAUGUGAUUAUAGUCCUCGUUACUUGUUUGAGUCAUUUUUAGUGUUUGUCUAUCCUCUACUCUCUUGUUGGAAGCAGACAUGUAUUGUGGGGCCAAUGAUUUUGGCGUGUAGCCUGGGGGUAUAUUGGUGACGGAGUGUAUAGGCCUGGCCUGUUGCUUCCUUUGAAGGGGAGUCACCACCGAAAUGUUUCACGUCACCUUUUUUUUAUUUUGACAGGGGUAGCAGCUUGUCGAUAUUAUCUUAACUUAGAUGAGAUUUCAAGCACCAUAAUUGAAAUAGAAGUCUUUAUGUCUUCCUGCAUGCCAUGUUUAUGUCAAGCUUUCGUAUUUUAGCCAUUCUUGACACCAGGUCAGUAGGUCCAAGACAGUGCUUAUGUUGGCCUGAGGAAUUAGCCCCACAUAUAUGGUGCACAUAUAGUGAAAGAUAUGUGAGCUGAGUCAAAUUGAUCACAUCAUGUUUAGCAUCCUUCAUUGAUGGCUUAUUAAUUUCAAUUCAUUAGGACAGUUAAAGUGGCGGCCUAACUGAGUGCAUGUUCAUUGGCAUAGCGAUGUUCACAGAUGGGUUCAGCCUAAUUUCCAUUUGAGUGACAUCUUUGUGUGCCGUUCGCCAGUACCCCACAAACUGGUUCCUUUGCAUGAAUGCGGCCAUUGGUAUAUGAUUCCACUUGUUUUUUGAAAACCAUGCAGACAGAUGCUCGUUUGAAGAUGUAGGUGCCUGCAGAUUGGUUUCCUUCUGUAAAAUGUUUUAGUUAAAGGUUGAUUGACAAACAUAAGAAGUUGAAGUAAACUUUAAAAUGUCAGAAUCUAACUAAAGUGAAAGAUCCAUAUGGUGAAUGACUUAAGAAUGGAGAUGUUUGUUUCCAGAGAAGCACAUUGUCGGAGUCCAAUAUUUGAAAGAGCAUGAUUUUCUGGAUCUAGAGUGGUUCUUUUACUUAUGAUCCUGGUGUAAGAUAGGUUCUUACCAAAAAAAUAAAUUUAUAUCUCAUACAGAACCAAGUAAGCUCUAUAUUUAUCUAGAAGGUUGAGAUGAGUUUGCAUUCAUUAAUUUUUCUUUUCAUUUGUCAACAAAAUAUGGAAACUUUCAGUGUUCAUUGUUUUGAAUCGUACUUCAAUGGGAAUAUGCAGGCUGCAAUUGUAAGUUCCCAAACACUGGAAGAAGUUGCGCGCCUUGAACAGGUAUCCCUCAUAUGGAUCAAGUUGAUUAUUUUUCUGCAAUUAUUAAGACAUAUUAGAUAUUACUUGCUUUUGAAUUCCGAUUUCCUGUAGACCGUUUCUGCCUGCCCCAAUUUCUGAAUUUUUUCCCUUUGAGCAGGCUCUCAAAUCUGGCCAGCUCCCUGCUGAUCUGAAGAUUCCAGAUGAUACUUCAGCUGCUGUGCAGAGAAAAGACGAUAAAAUGGACAUAGAUGAAAGUAAUGAAAUGGACGGUGCUUCAAAGGAUGCUGAGGAAACUCAGUCGGAAGAUGGUCAUAAACUAAUUGAGGUGUGUUGUCCAUAGUGAUUUCACCUGAGAAAUGGGUCUUAAUUUUUUUAUCUUGCAAUGGAGCCCCCGUUUGCUUGGUUUCUCAAUGAGUAGUUAUGAUCUCUCACCCACCCUCAUCUCUCUGCAAUAUUUAGAGUUCAUUGAUUUCAUAGGUGCCAUAUGCUUUUAUGUUUUCGAGAAUUUAAUGCCAAUCAAUAAUUACUACUGUGGAUCACAACUAAUGGGUACUAAGUGAAAAAAAUAUCGUACAAUGUCAAGAGUGAUUAAGCAAACCUUAAAAACGCACAUAGGUGUGUAGUUCCCUCUAGGGAACAAGAAGGAGCGAUAGUGGGUGAAUUAAACAAGGGGAAGUGUUGAUUUUGCUUUAAAAUUGUUUUUGGACAUGCUCUGUCGGCCUACUGAGGAGUCUCGAAAAUAAAACACAUGUCCUAAUCAAUUGGUUUGAAGCUUAUAAUAUUGAGGCAGCAACGUUGUUGAAAAGCCAUCGGUUUCUUGUGUUGAAAUCAAGAUUUCGCACCUAUUUUAUUACAACUGUCCAACAUUUCUGACCUUGUUUUCGAUGUUUUAGUAGUGUUUGGCAAUCACAUAUGUGAUGAUCCCUCCCUGAGAAAUAGUGGGGAAUUGUCCCACAUCACGCGUAUUCCUGAUGAUUAUUUGGAACAGCAUACGUACUAGUCACUGAUUAAACAACCGUCGUAUUCCUGUUAAGAACCAGUACAACUUGCUUGACCCUUUUCUUCAUCUUUCUUCAGGACUAG